CCAAAAAAUGGAAGGAGAGACGCGCGGAGGGUCAGUGCAGGAGGCGACCCGGUACUGCAGCGAGCCAUCACCGGACCUUCACUUAUAUCGUCGCUCGGCUAAUAACGCUAGUAAUGUGAUAUGAUUAGCUUAGUUGAGUUCGGUUUAGUUCGUAUUCGUUCAAUUUAGUGGUUCACCAGCAAAAUCACAUCGAGUUAAACCCAUUUAGGCCAGUUAAGUUACCAACUUCUCGCUGUCUGUCGCCAAGCAUCUCGCUCUCUUCUCUUUUUCUUUCUCUCUCUCUCUUUCUCUCUCUCUCUCUCUCUCUCUCUCGAUUCAUCUCUCUUAUCCUUUCGAUCGGUUCGCGUUUAUGUCAAACGGAAUUCGCGGACUUGGACCAGCCAAAAGAGUACGGAUGGUGUAUUUACUCCGGAAGUAGCCGAGAACCGAGUCCUCAACUCGUCGGCUAACUCGGCUAAUUUCGAGAGGGUUGGAUUUCAUUCGUAACCAAGAUCAUGAAUCUAUGUUCUGCAAUUCUGACUGAUACUCUCAUAGAAUUUCUUUUUAAUUAUUGAUGACGAUGAUGAUGACGAUGACGAUGACCUAAAAAACCAAAGAGAAAAAUUCAUUGAAAAGUGCAAACUGAUAAUGAAGGACAGAGAUGGUGAUGAACAUGGGGUUGUCAUUGCUGGAGUUAGUCAUUCACUCCAGAAAGCAAGAGAGAGAGGGGCGGGAGAGAGAGGGGGAGAAAAAAAAAGAGAGAGAGAGAGAGAGAGAGAGUGUGAAAAGGACAGAAAGAGUUUCGCGAUCGGUGAAUAAAUCUUAAGCGCGAUCAGAUCAUAGGAAGCGAACUAAGUAAGGUUGUGAAGAAGGAACGCGCGAGAGCGCGGAACGAGCUCGCUAAUUAGCGCCGAUGAAAUUAGCAGUUAAUAUACGCGUAUACACACGGAAUGGGGGUAGUUUGAUUGGGCCAAUUCGAGGCAAUUCCUGGCGAUUGCUGGUUUCAUUGAGCCUGCGCUUAAGAGCUCAGUGCCAUGCUGCCGGUCAACGGACAUGGAUCUCUUCUUCGAGGUUCUAUCAUGAGUUAUCAACUCGAUCUUGAUCGUAAAUCGAACCAAUCGAUCGGUUACGUUGAUUUCUAGUGAUUUUAUAAUCUGCCUCGUUGUUACAUACCUAUUUGAUUGGUGAUAGUACCAUAGAACGAGUAAAAAAAAAAAUGUCCAGGAGAAAGAAAAGUGUUCACUGUCAAUUGAGAAACGUUAAAUUCGUGGAAAAUAUUAGUGAAAUUAAAAUUAACAAUUGUGAUUAUGAGAUAGGAUGAAGUGUGUGGUGACACAUUUGUUAAGAUUUUUAACGGGGAAAAAAAGAAAGAAGAAGAAGAAGAAGAAGAAGAAGAAAAUGGCGACUUAUGGUAUAACCUGACCUCAAAGACAGAAAUAUAUAUAUAUAUAUAUAUAUAUAUACAUGUACAUAUAUAUUAUAUACUAUAUAUAUAUAUAUCUGGUAUGAUACUAUACUAUACAUACGUAUGUACAUACAUAUAUAAACACACACAUACACACACACAUAUGUAUAUAUAUUAUAUACCGAAAGAGACAAAGAAACAGAGAAACGUGAAAGAAAGAGAAGUCAUGUGGGAAAUUCUUGAUCGAGGCCAUACAGUUUCCGAUUCCCACGAGGGUUUCAAGAGAAGGAGAGAUGCAGGCCGAUUUGUGGAGGGCCUCUCGUAUCUAAAGUCCGGCCCCCGGGGGCGGAACAAGAAAGAGCCACGGAGAGUGGCACGAGAGGCACGCGAAGAGAGAUAUACAAGAAGAAGUAACAAGUACGUCGGCGCAGGACAUCGGCGCACACGAGACCUCUCCCAAGAGUAGGUGCUACAUGAUUGGCUAACCUCCAUGUGUGGGGGCGGCCUAACGGCGCUUCGACGGCGGCCUCGUUGAAAAUAUAAGCCUGUGUGAGUGUCCGCUGAUUAGCCAGAGUCAGGACGGAUCGUCGAUAGUGCGAGAGUCUAACUACGCGAUAGAUCUCUCUUUUUCUCUCUCUCUCUCUUUCUCUUUCUCUCUAUCUCACACACACACAUACUCUCUCAUUCUCUCUUUCUUUCUUUCCCUUUUUUUUUCUAAUUUUUUUGUCGUUCUUUAAUUUUUAAUUUUUGUUUUUCUCAAGGAUUUUUUGUUCUCUCCCUCCCUUUUUAUUUUCUUUUCUUUCCCUUAAAUUCAUCAUCUCACAUUUCGUCAGUUAUUAGAAAGAGGAGAAGAAAGAGAUCGGAGAGAUCUCUUUGGGGUUCGUGAACCGUUCUCCAAUUCGUUUAAUUUCGUUUAGUUUCGUUUAGUUCGUUAUAACUCAUCCGUCCUUAUCAUCCCAUCCUUCUCUCAUCAUCGUCCUGUUCACUUCCAAGGUCCUCCUCAUACUCGUGCUCCCAUUAAACGACUGUAUAAUAUCCGACGGAUACCGGUCUGUCUCUCUAUCUCACUGUCUAUAUAACCGACAGUUUACUUCGUUAACUUCGCUUAAAACUAAUCAAAAUUAAUCAUAACCCGGCAACGAUUGAUACCAAUUGCUUUGGAUUCCAUUAGAGGCGCCAAGCGGUUAACGAUCGCUUCUAUUUCUAUAGCUUUGCUUUCCUUAUUAAUGAGGAUUUUUUGACCUCAAAUAAAAAGGAUAAGCAAGAAGAAGAAGAAGAAGAAGAAAUACAAAGAGGAAGAAGAAGAAAAAAAAGAAGAAGAAGAAGAAGAAGAAAGGAAAGGAUAAUAAUCGUCAUUAAGAUUCUUCAUUUGGAUCAACGUAAUCUCGAAACUCAUCUGUUACUGUUGCUGAUUAUGACGAUGAUGAUGAUGAUGAUUACAACGAUGAUGGCUCUGUGAUAUAAUUUAUCAAAGUGGAUUCAUUUGGAAUCGUCGAGGAAUAUUAAAUUUGUCUUCUGGGAUUAUCAAAUUAAGAACGAGAGAAUGGACGGUGGUCCGUUCGACGAUCCAAUAUUCUCCGACUUUGGUGGUCGAGGUGGUACCGGAGUUCAUAGUAUUCAAGUGAUGCUAGGUUUACACGGUGGACAUCAUGGAAAUGACUUGAUGCCAACCGGUGGACAUCUUCAUAAAUUGGAUUCUUCGAAUAGUCCACCGCCUCAUCAUCAAACGGCUCAUCAUCAUAUGCAGCAACAACAACAACAGCAACAACAGCAACAACAACAACAGCAGCAGCAGCAACAACAACAACAGCAACAACAACAACAAAAAGAAUUGAAGGAAUUAGAAUUAGCUGGUAUGUACGCGCCGUUACCUCAAACUCCGGAUGUAACAACCUCGACGACGACCACAGCAACACCUACGUCUACAACAUUGCAACAAGGUCUUCAACUUGGUAAUUCUCUAAAGAGAAAGCCGGACGAUCCUAUGAACCCUCUUGCACCAGUGAGCGGCGAAACACAAUCGGCUAAGAAAGACUCAAAAAAGAAAACCGAUAAUAAUGGAAUCAAAAAGAAGAAAACCAGAACUACCUUUACGGCUUAUCAGUUGGAAGAAUUGGAAAGAGCGUUCGAACGUGCACCUUAUCCUGACGUUUUUGCUCGCGAGGAGUUAGCUUUAAAGCUAGCGCUAUCGGAAUCUCGAGUACAAGUCUGGUUUCAGAAUCGACGUGCAAAAUGGCGGAAAAGGGAACCUCCGCGAAAAACUGCCGGUUACAUGGCAGCUGGUUCUGCUAGUCCUGGUCUCUCAGGUUCAUUCACGUCUUUGAACAACACGUUGAAUCCAUUUGCAUCUCCAGCGACAGCAGCAGCGCCACCUGACGCUUGGACGUAUACUCCGGCUUACGAUUUGGCGCCACAUUUGAAUCUAUUGAGUCCUUCUAACUCGCCAUAUACGACGUCAUUUGGUGGUCCUAGUAAUAAUGGAUCAGCAUAUUCUUAUGCUACAAUGUUGCCUCAACAUGAUGCUUCCUUAUUUUCUGCACCUUCCAGCAACACAAUGCGUGUUCAUCAGGAUUACAUGAAUGCUAGUAAUAGUCCACCACCGCCAUUAACACGUAAUGAUUAUCAGACAAUGGUUACUACCACUCAUUCACCUCCUACUCAUCUUGGUGGUUCUAUGUCUGAGGAUGAACAUCAACAAAAUAAACAAUUGGAUUAUGUAAGUGGUCUUAGUCCAGCCGAUAAGUAUCAACACGAUCAAGCUGAUUAUUCGCAACAACAGCAACAACAACAGCACGAUCAGAAACAAGAAUAUGGUAUGCAUUCACCUCAAGGACGUCAAAGUAUAAAGGAUCAGGUGAUGAUCAAGAGCGAACCAAACAGUCAACAAAGUUACGUGCAAUUGCCUCCUUUUCUCAACUGACUCGAAAGCCAAUUUCUAGAUUUCUUCUAGAUGGCUUUUAUCGUUACUACUCGACUUUACCGUGUGAAUCCUUAUCUCUAAAAUCUCAAGACGAUCAUGAUUCUUCCUCCUUAAUGUGACUCUCUUUAUAUUUUAUUACAUAGAAUUUCAAUUCAGAGGAUUAUUCCUCUUCAAUGACACGAGACAGCUAUGUGUGUAAACGGGAGCUGUUAAACUUUUUACACUUUUCUUUUGUCCUUUUUUUUCAAACUUAUUCAUACUAUGCAAAUUAAUAUUGUUAGUCCAUUAAGAUAUUGUGCUUUAUAUGAUAUAUGUAUGUAUAGCAAGUUAAUCAGCGUGUUUCUUCGUGAUAUACGAUUUAAUUACCAAAAAAAAAAAAAAAAAAAAAAAAAAAUGAGAAAUUAAUUUUAAUUGGCAAAUAUAUUUUCUUCAAGUAUGAAAAUAGAAAUAUUAUAUAAAAAUUAAAAUUAUUAUUU